GAGCCCGCCGCGCCCGCCGCCGCUGCGCCACCUGGCGGAGCCUUCAGCGCCCCGCCCGCCAGCGGCUUCAGCGCCCCGCCCGCCAGCGACGCUCCGCCGCGGGCAGCAGACGCCUACUCUGGCUCGGACUACUCCAAGUACAGUUCCUCGAUCUACGAGAGGGAGGGUCACCGCGACGUUAUGCUUGCCCACGGGAGAAGAGAUACGGAGACAGCUGGACCGACUCGCUCCCGCCGCGCGCCAGGCAGUGCGUCUACAGCAUCCAGCUCGGGGCGAAGAUGGGUGCUUCCGUGGGGGGCUGCUUCGGCAUGCUGA